AUAACUAUAAUAAUUUGUUGCCAUAUAUCUUGCGUGACAUGCUUAUACUUGAAAAUCAAAUACCUAUGACGGUUCUUCAUACAUUGUUGCAGGUUGAAAAAGGCGAUAAGGGUUAUAAUCAAUUGUCGUUAUACUCGGAUUUCAAGUUUCUUUUAGGACUAGACAUACUACGUCCAAGUUAUAGCAUGGGGGAAUUCAUGCAUGUACUGGACAUGUUCAGAAAAUAUGUGAUACCACCACCAACCGAGGUAGAAGAGAUGCUGCCCAAUGCAUUGGUGGUGACGGCGUAUAGUAAUAUUUCGGUCAGUUAUCGAUCUGCAGUAGAGCUCGACGAUGCUGGAAUAUCUUUCCAGAAAAGUGAAACAAGUAACUUUGGAGAUGUUUCCUUUAAAAGAGGUGUUCUUAGGCUCCCAUUCAUGGUAUUAGACGAAAACACUCCAUACAUAUUCCAUAACCUCACUGCCUUCGAAAGUCUCCACAUUGAAGUUGGUAAAGAGGUAACAAUGUUUUUAUUAUUCAUGAGCAGCAUCAUCAACAGUGCCAAGGAUGUUUCAAUUCUAUGCCAAAGCGGGAUCCUAAUCAACGCUUAUGGGAGUUAUGAAGACAUUGCCAAAUUGUUCAACUCAUUACCCAAAGAAAUCCCUAUCGACGAAAGCUUAGGAUUUGGUGGUAUGUUGAAGGUCAAUGACUUUAGUAAGAUGAGGAGUGAGAUCGAUGAGUUUUGCAAGAAACCGUGGAAUAAAUGGCGUGCCAAUCUCACUCACACUUAUUUUAGGAACCCUUGGUCUAUGGUGUCACUUGUUGCUGCCAUCUUUCUUUUUGCUCUUACUAGUAUUCAAACUGGUUACUCAAUUGCCCAAUUUUAUCAAAAACCUAACUAACUCAUGCAUUUGAUGCUUG